AAUUUUAUAUGUAUCUGCUAGACUUUCAAUAUUUUGUUGAGCUUUUUUAUGUGAAACUUGAAUGUAUACUGUUGUCAGGUAAAUUUUGUAGCAGCACAUCCCGCUCACACUGUGCGGAAUAAAUCAACGAUGGGUAAUUACAUACUGAAAUCAGUUUUACGAAAUGUGGUCUUUCAUUGCCUGAUUCUCUUUUGGGGGAAAAUAUCCGGUAUGAAAUGAUGAUUGAAAAUCUCUGGAUAGUCGUCGUUUCGUUGACAGGGACUAUGACGACCACAAAUGUUUCGCUCGAUCGGGAGCAGGCGAAAACGAUAACGCUUAUUAUGGAAGCUGUCAGCUUUGCCGAGGCCACAAACAAAAGCGGGCACGGAAAUCAAAUUGUGCUGUGCUAGAUGAAAACGAUAAUCCGCCCAAAUUUAACGAUUCUGUUUAUGUAAUGGCUACACCGGUUUACGGCAAAAAAGGUUUACUUGUGGGAAAGUAAUUAAUGCCUGAACCUAUCAUGAUUUAAGCGCUGAUUAAUGAUUAUAAAAUUAGUAUAACAAAUACGCGAUAAAUUGUUAGCUGAUUUAUAUUAAUUUUAUUAUGCUUUUUAGGUGACCGCAACCGAUGCGGACGAGAGGAAGAAGGGUGUAAUAAGUCUCAGUGAUUUUAAACCAGCCGUUAAUAUCAAUAAACUCUUCCACCGGCGAUGCGAGUUUGGCGAAGGAUUUGACCGAAAAGGAGUUAACACAGGAACUUUCGUAUACUAUUCGUGCGAGCGACAGUGGUAACAUCAGCCUGCAUUCCGACGCCGCCGUUCUCCUUCGCAUCGUGGCGGAUACGGUGCCACUUUUCCCGCAAAAUACGUACCGCACCAGUGUAUCGGAAGCCGCCGGAGUCGGGACACUGCUUCUUACUGUCAGUGCGACUUAUGCCGGCUUGGUCAACAUUUCCCGGGAGAUCGUCUACACUAUCAUGGAGGGCGACCGCUUCAACAAUUUUGACAUUGAUUUCACAUCAUGUAUCAAUAUUGCCGAUAUGAGUAGUGAACUAACGGAAAUAUGAUUGCGCCAGUAAUUACAGGAGUGAUUCGUCUGCUGGAGCCGGUUGACUUCGAUUCUUCGAACUACAGAAACAUUUUACGCUGUGUGUACGUGCCAUGGAUCCGGCCAAAUGGGAAAUUUUAUACUCGGAUAUUGUCGUAUUUGUUGACAUUCUCGACUGACACAAUGCAAAAAUGAGCUAUAAUUAACGUGUACAUUAAACAUGAACCAAACAAACUUUCAGUUUCUUAAUAUAUCUUAUUAGUACAAUUUACCGAAUUUUUUCAAUAAGAAAUAUUUCUCAGACAUUGAAUAAAUAUUACAGUGCUAAUGAAAUAAUUGGUUCUUAGAUGGAGUGACCUUUCAAACAAUCAAACUAGCCGAGACUACACCAUGGAAAAAAGAAAUCUGUCAGCCUGUGGCAUCCGAUGCCGAUAGCGGCGAGAACGCGGAACUUCCCUUCAGUCUGCAAUGUUCGGAAGACGCUGCACGUGUAACCGUAAGCCGUAUUCGCAACCGGAAAUCGGAUGAAGAUGUGUUUUUCCGAUGCGGCAUCAAGAAGAGCCUUAGCGGUGCGGACGAGUUCAAAGCCGGCGAUUUAUUUCCAGAUUGGUUUCACUAGCGGCACAGUGUAUCUGAUUAACGAAUUGGAUCGCGAGAUGAUUGACCAACUUGACCUGACGAUAAUCGUAUCAGAUGCCGGCCAUCCUCGCCGCAGCUCAGCCAUGACCCUGCGCGUCGUAGUGAAAGGAAUAGUUGCGUUUUUCUCUGGAGCAACGGGUUUCCUGCGGAGUUCUGCCCAGCUGAAUAUUUCCGCGUCGGACGGUGUACAUGUCGCGUGUACUCAAGUGAAGAUUCUUCCGGUCAUUUCCAAUCGCCAUUCACCAAAGUUUGACUGGCCAUUCUAUGCAUUAACUACUGCUUAAAAUGCCCCACUGGGCAGUGUCAUCGGUGCGGUUCGGGCCAGUGAUUUAGACGCUGGACGCAAUGGUCAGCUGCGAUACUCCAUUGUGACGAUGGUUUUGUUGUUGACGCCGAGAGCCCUAUCAUUUCCGUGGCUGGUAAUCUGGAUCGUGAGCGUCAAGCUGAUUACCUAUUCUGGAUUCAGGCGGUAGAUUUGGGCGGAUUACGGGACUUUUGUCAAGUCAACAUAACUCUCACCGAUAUGAACGAUGAAGCGCCAAUCUUUGUAAGAAGACUUACACUGUCACUGUCUUCGAUAACCUUGCUGCUGAUGCAGCCAUACUGAAGGGGAUUGGUGAGAACGAUUGCUCAAAUAUGACAGCGCUAAGAAUUGUUUUUUUCAUGAAGGUUGAGGCGACCGAUCGAGAUCUUGGACAGAAUGGUUCCGUUGUGUAUAGCAUCAGUUCAGAGAAUUCCAGACAUUUUAAUUUAUUUUACAUCGACUUCCGAACUGGCAUAAUUAAGCUGAAGAAACCUUUUGGCACUGGUAAGGCAGACAACAGAAAUUAUCAUAUCAUAUAUUUUUUACGAAGACAAUUCAAGACAUGCCGAACGAAGUGUCGGAUGACUCGGAUCCGUAUUAACUGAAUUGACAGUGUUCACGGUGACACGGUACAUGUAUAUGCACGUGCUGCAUGAUUUAAAGUUUAGUCGAAGAUACUAGUAUAGUUAUGAAAUUAAACUCGCGAAAACAAAAAUUUAACGUUGCAUGUGUUGCACCUAAUUUAUUUAUUGCAGAAUUCACAAACGAGACGUUGUCCUCUUUCGUCGAUGCAUCGGAUGAAGGAAGCCCUUUGCAGUGGUCCUCAGUGGCUGUCGAAAUUUUCGUGGUGGAUAACACAAACAUUCUGCCCGAGAUCGACCAGUUGCUGUAUCUUUUCAGUAUCCACGAGAGCGCUCCACUGAACGCAACUCUGCUGACCGUGAAACUGAAAUAACCUUAGCCAGUCAUUUUUACCGUGAUACCCCCGUCGGCGUUAAACCAAACUGAACUGCCGUUUUCCAUUCGCCAAGACGGCCGUCUCGUUGUGUUUAAGGAACUGGGUUUUGAAGCGCAGAACAAGUAUUCGUACAGGCGACGUUCAAAGACAAUCCGCUGUUGGUCAGCCAUGUGGAGUUUCAGGCCCGUAUUAACGAUGAGAAUGACAAUGCGCUCGUGUUUUUCGCCGAUAAGGUCACCGUCCAGACGCCGGAGAACUACACCGCUCCGGUCCGAUUAAUUCCAGUUUCGGCGUAUGAUAUGGAUUAUGGGCAGAAUGCGAUGAUACGCUACGACCUUGUCAACGCGUCACAAUUGCCAGUUGCGUUAGAUCCAAAAUCCGGAUGGUUGACGCUGGAAACGACGAUAGAUCGAGAGAUGGACAGCAAAAUUGUUGUGAAAGUUAUGGAAGUGGACAGCGGCGUACCGGCUCUCAUUUCGACAAUGAUUGUGGAAACUGAUGUUCUGGAUAUUAACGACGAGGACGCUAGCUCCUGUACUCCUGUAGGAGCAUUGAAAUCGUCAUGACCGAUGUCGACGACCUGCACAACUACCUUUUGAACGUGGUCCGAAAUCCUUGAAGUGCUGAAUUAUGAACGGAAUGCAAAAGAUGACCGAGUCUUUUCGGCUGCAUAUGAUUUAUCGCACCCUGCCACAAUUCUUAUUCGCUGAAGCAACCAAAGUGUGUGCCGCUGUCAAGUAUGCCAUUGAUGUUGGCUAUCGACAUUUCGACUGUGCGUAUUUGUAUGGUAACGAAAAAGAGAUCGGACAAGCAAAUGCGGCAAAAAUCUCUGAAGGCAUCGUGACACGAGAGGAACUUUUUGUAACGAGUAAGCUCUGGAAUACGUUUCACAGUCGUGCAAAAGUUGCGGAAGGUGUUGCCAUAAGCCUGAAAAGGCUCAGUUUGGACUAUCUGGAUUUGUUCCUCAUACAUUUUCCUAUGGGUUAUAAAGAGGGGAGGAGCAGUCAUCCAGGAUCGUACUCGGACGUCGACUACCUGGAGACUUGGAAAGCUUUAGAAGAUGUGGUUGAUUCCGGGAAAGUCCGUGCCAUUGGGAUUUCGAACUUCAACGUACCACAGACCAAGAGGAUCCUGGAUCACUGCCGCAUCAGACCACUGUGCAACCAGAUAGAAGUCAAUGUUUACCUUCAGAACCGUGCCCUUGUGGAUUUUUGUGCGAAAAACCAUGUGGCUGUGGUUGCUUAUGCUCCUCUUGGUGGUGAAUAUGCUGAGGUGGGAAGCGAUCUGGGAUCGCCUCUUGCAGAUCCUGUGGUCCACGAGACUGCCCAAAAGUACGGCAAAACACCGGCACAGAUCCUUAUUAAAUUCCUGCUACAGCAGAACCUGAUUGCUGUUCCGAAAUCUGUGACGAAAUCCCGUAUUAAACAGAAUUUCGACGUGUUCGAUUUUACACUGGAAGAACCGGACAUGAGCUGUUUGAGGGCCCUGGAUAAAGGGCAGAUGUAUCGUAGUACUGCAAUGCUGAAUGUUUGCGAUCACAAAUACUAUCCAUUUCAUGCUGAGUGACAUGGAACCCUUGGGAUAAAUUAAUGACGAUGGUAUGCAGUGGAUCUUGAAACUGAAUCUGGGUUCCAGAAUUGAUUUACCGUCCUAAAUGCUCUGACUCAGAUUCGGACAUUUUUUACCAUAGGCGGCGCCCCUGAGUGUAUUUCCUAAAAAGUGAUUUGCUCAUCCGGACGUUUAUUUGGCUAUAAGAAAGUGGCGGAGCCGGAAUGCUGGUGAAGUGUGAACAAUCGUGUAACUGUUUCCAGAAACUACGGUAGGCUGGCUCGCCGCACUGGGAUUUGCAUUAUUUAUACUUCCAACUGACGGAUGUUGUCUGGACAAAUGGCAUUUUACUUAUCGACCUUCUGGGAAUUGCCGUAUUUUUGCCUUUCUGAUGUACAUUAGAAUUUUUAUUUAAUUAUCGGUUUGCUGACCUAUUUCGUGCAAAUUGUUAACUGAAGUCUGUCUCGAUAAUAUGGUACGGGAAAGAGGUAUGUACAGAUAUGUACCCUAGUAUAACUAAUCGUAAAAAAAAAUAAA